AUGUGGUUCUCAUUGUUCAUCUUAACUGCUUGCCAGCAUGACUUAGAUGCCUGUGGAUUGUUUCACCCAUUCCAUUCAUUGAAGUCAUUUUUCUUAAACAAAGUGGGAAUUGCACUUUUUGGUUGCAACUCGGCAGGCAAACAUAAGCAGCAAGUUCACGAGCUUGAAAAGAAAUUAGUCGAAUCAAUUAGGCAGAGAGCUGCAUCAAGACAGAACAGUUUUAAAUCAGUCAAUAGCAUCAUCAUGAGGUUUCCUCAAUUCAAAGAAGGGUUACAGCACGUUAAAGAAAUUUUUGAAAUAUAUGACAGAGACUUGAAUGGAACUAUUGAUCAUGAAGAAUUGAACAAAUGCUUGAGUGAUCUACAAGUGGAUACUCGUAAGAAGGAAAUUGAUGCUCUUUACCAUUACUGUGAUGUGGACGGAAAAGAAGGGAUUCAAUUUAAUGAAUUCAUUGUUCUUCUCUGUCUUAUCUAUCUUCUAAUAGAGCCUAUCUCUGCUGACCAAAAUAUCUCAAGGAUUAGAUUGCUGAAGCUUGAGGCCACAUUUAAUACAAUCGUUGAAGCAUUUUCAUUUCUGGACAAAAAUGGCGAUGGCAAGCUCAAAAGGAAGGAGGUGAUCCUCACAUUCGGUGACGUUUCCCCAGGAGAGAAAUCUCCCAGUCACGUUACCAUGGAACGAUAUAAGGAAUUGGACUGGAACAAGGAUGGGAAGGUGAACUUUAAAGAGUUCCUCUUUGCCUUGACGAAAUGGGUUGGAUUUGACAGUGAUGAUAAUAAAGAAUCCUAGCAAACUUGGGCACUUGACUCUCCUGCGUGAAGAACUAUUUAUUUGUCAGUAAUGAAAUCUGGCUUUGUCGUACCAUUACUUAUUAAUGAUCUGUGCUGGACUUUGUCAUGUUGUUCUUGCUUUAACAUCGUUUUAAGCAUUUGGGACCUGUAAUAUGCAUAUGUUGCAAGUAUCAGAGCUAUGAUGUGUGCUUCAAUAAUACCAAGAAUUUGAUUUGGCUUGUUGCCAAGUCAUUUUUGUCUUUCA